AGACAUUGAUCUUUGCGGAGGGAGGGGAUGCGAAGCUAUGUCUAACACAGGUAAUGCUGGUACCGGGGAUGGUGUGGGAGUUGGGGGUAUAAUUACAAACUUCGGGAAUAUGGCUGGUAUGAAUGUGGGCAAUGGUUCCCCUAUCUCUGGGAAUGGUGUGGGCGUUGAGAGUAUAAUUACAAACUUCGGGAAUGUGGCUGGUUCGGGAGGCUAUAUUAGUAAUCAGCAACUCGCAUUUUAG